AGUACUCACUGUAUGCGAUCUUACCACUACCGACCAGAACUUCUCUCCGCAUCCCGGAGAACCACCACCUACAGUCCUUAUCAUUUCCUCUGUCUCUUCACCAGAACGGAGAAAGCAGAAGAAUGAUAUCAUCAACUGCAAACUCCAUCCUUCGACACUGUCUCCUCCAUUCCCACCCCACCUCACCAUCUACCCCUUUCUCUCUCCUCCCUCUCAACUCCCUUUUUUCCCUCCUCUCCACCUUUUCCUCCUCCAAUGGCAGAAAACACCCCUCCUCCACCACCACCACCACCAAUGACGAGUACUUCGCCGCCAUCCACCACAUCUCCAACAUUGUUCGCCGCGACAUCUACCUCGAGCGAACCCUAAACAAGCUCCGACUCACCGUCACCAACGAGCUCGUUUACCGCGUUCUUCGCAGCUGCUCUCGUGACGGAAUACAGUCCUUCCGUUUCUUCAAUUGGGCGCGGUCUUACUCUCCCUCCUACUCACCUACCGCGAUCGAACACGAAGAGCUCAUCAAAACCCUAGCUAGGACUCACCAUUGGGAGACCAUGUGGAAGGCACUUCAUCAGCUUUGCAAGGAGUCUUCCUUGAAUUUCUCCACUGAGGUAAUUGAGUUUAUAAUCCGUGAGUAUGGUAGUAAGGGUUUUAUUGAUGAAGCUGUUAGGGUUUUCAAUUCUUGUCCUAAGGUUUUCAAGUGUGAACAAACUGUUGGGGUUUAUAAUUCCUUGUUGUUUGCGUUGUGUGAGGGGAAGAAUUUCUAUGGUGCUUAUUCUUUGAUUAGGAGGAUGAUUAAAAAAGGGGUUAAUCCUAAUAAGGAGACUUACUCGGUGCUAGUUAACGCGUGGUGUAAGGCCGGGAAGUUGAGGGAGGCUCAAGAGUUUUUAGAGGAGAUGAGUAAGAAGGGGUUUAAUCCGCCUGUUCGAGGCCGGGAUUUGUUGAUUGAUGGGUUGUUGAAUGCUGGUCAUGUUGAAAAUGCUAAGAGUUUGGUUAGGAAAAUGGCUGAGGAAGGAUUUGUGCCUGAUAUUAGGACGUUUAAUUCGUUGUUGGAAGCCAUUUUUAAGUCGGGGGAGGUUGAGUUUUGCAUUGAAUUGUUUAAUGAUGUGUGUAAGUUGGGGCUUUGCCCUGAUAUUGAUACAUAUAAAAUCAUGAUUCCGAUUGUUGCUAAGUUGUAUAAAUUGGAUGAGGCGUUUAGGCUACUACAUUGCUCGAUUGAGGAAGGUCAUAAGCCCUUUCCGAGUUUAUAUGCCCCAAUUCUAAAGGCGUUGUGUAGGGCUGGACAGUUUGAUGAUGCCUUUUGCUUUUUCAGUGACAUGAAGAUUAAAGGGCAUCCGCCAAAUAGGCCAGUUUACACGAUGUUGAUUAGGAUGUGUGCUCGUGGGGGUAGAUUUGUUGAGGCUGCAAACUAUUUGGUUGAGAUGACUGAGAUGAACUUACCACCUUUAUCGAAAAACUUUGAUGUGGUCACGGAUGGAUUGAAGAAUAGUGGGAAACAUGACCUUGCCGAAAGGAUAGAGCAAUUAGAAGUGUCUUUAAGAGGUGCUUGAUAUGUUAGAUGAUAGAUGAGCACAAGUUCGUGAUGCUUAAUGAUGUGAUUAGCAGAUUGGUCAUGCUUGUCGAUGGCAGAGAUGUGACAGCUCAAAGAGGCAUAUUUAUUGGAAAAGUGGUAAUUUGGCUAGUACGUAUUAUGAGCAAGGACAACUGGAUUUGGCCAUUCUUCAUUACAAAGAGGCCAUUAACUGUGAUUCAGGGUUUCUGGAGGCACACAAUAAUUUGGGCAAUGCGCUUAAAGAUGUGGGCAGAGUUGAUGAAGCAAUCCAAUGCUAUAACGUAGGUCAAUCUUAGCUAGUUGUCACGUGCUGACUAUUUCCAAGCCCUUUGCACGCUGCCCACUAGCAUCACACUCCUGUCGGAUCACUAGUCAAGGCUACCCGAUGUUGUAGCUAUGCUAAGUGUGCUACGAAAAUGGCUAAGUAAGGAAACUUUGUAAGCAAGAGAGUUUUGAAAGCCUUUUGUAUUGCUUGAGAGAAUUACAAAGGUGUUGGCUGAUUGGCACAAAUGAAUGGCGAAGCCUAUUUAUAGGCACCCAAAUCCCUAGCCUAGAACAUUCUACACUUUAGAAUAUUCUACACUACUCUUUACAAAGAAUUCCCUACAAUUCUCUAGAAUGUUCUCACCUCCAAGGGAACCCUCUAUACAAGAGGUCUCUAGAAUUAUUUCCCCUAAUCUGUACAACAAGGUUCUAGACUCCACCUACCUAGAACCUUCAAGGAACAACCAAGCUAGAGUGUCCAAGAUGCCUCCGGAGCACUCUAGAACCUUCCGGUGCACAACCGGACAUAGCUGCUACAAAACCGGGCCUUCUGGGCCUCAAACCCGAAAUAUGGCCCGACCAUCAUCUUCAUUGGGCCAAAAUACGUGGCACUCUCAAGUUUCAGCCCAUCUGGAUAUCGUUUGGUCCCCAAACGACCCAUUAUUACGUUAUUGUCAUGUGGGUGUUCAUUGGGAAUUCAUGGCCUAUUCAAAAUAAACCUCUAUAGGGGGUGGGUGUUGUCUAGCGCCCAGUGCCAGCGUCCAUGUCCCUGCACCAUGAUGCACCCCGAUGCAUCAACGACUCAUACGACCCAACUUCCGAUGGAACACCACGUUGCCCGGUGGUGCCCAACGACCUUGCCGCCACCCUUGGCGGUGCACCUUGUUGCCUUGCGAUGCUUGUUGCCUUGCGAUGCUUGUUGCCUUGCAUGCUGCCACAUGCGAUGGUGUGGGAGGCCAUCCGUGACAUAGUGCAUACAUGCGUAUAGGGAGAAGAUUGAUUGAGGCAGCCCAAUGUUGCCACCAGGCUCUGGCAUUAAAUCCUCUUUUGGUCGAUGCACAUAGCAACCUUGGGAAUUUAAUGAAGGCACAAGGCUUAGUGCAAGAAGCUUAUAGUUGCUAUCUUGAGGCUAAACGUAUACAACCAACUUUCGGGGUUGCUUGGUCAAAUCUUGCUGGCCUUUUUAUGGAAUCGGGUUCUCUAAACAGGGCGCUUCAGUAUUACAAGAAGGUGUGAAACUUAAACCAUCUUUUCCUGAUGCAUAUUUGAACUUGGGAAAUGUUUACAAGGCUUUGGGAAUGAGUCAAGAAGCUGUCACGUGCUAUCAGCAUGCUCUUCAGGCGCGACCAAACUAUGCAAUGGCAUUUGGUAAUUUGGCUAGUACGUAUUAUGAGCAAGGGCAUUUUGAUUUGGCAAUUCUUCAUUUCAAAGAGGCCAUUAUCUGUGAUUCAGAGUUUCUGGAGGCAUACAAUAAUUUGGGUAAUGCGCUUAAAGAUGUGGGCAGAGUUGAUGAAGCAAUCCAAUGCUAUAAUGUAGGUUUCUUCAGCAGGGUUGUUGACGGCAGAGACGUGACAGCUUAAAGAGGCAUAUUCGUUGGAAAAGUGGGAGAGAAGUGUGAGCAUUACAUUUCAGAAGCCUUACAGAGCUUAUUGAGCAGUGUUAGCAUAACUCAUAACUACCCUAAGUGCAAAAUUCAUUACUAGGUUGCGAACAAUGAGUUAUCACCCAUGUACAGUAAAAGUAUCAGAUAUGAGGACUCCUUGUGACUUAUCGCUCCUUGUACCCCGCCCUUCUUCCAUGCAUCAGGUGGGAGUUGACAAUGAACAACAGUCUUGUUAAUUGAUACAACAGUCUUGUUAAUUGAUACUGGAUCUUCGCAUUACAGUAGUGAGUGCAGUUGCUAUUGCGGCGAGGCUGGAUACAUUGUCUCUUUCUAAAUUUGGUGAACUGAAAGUGAAGGACAAUUGUUUCAGCUUCCAGAAGCUUGAAAAUCUAUCAAGGGGUCGUUUUAAAUUAUUAAAGAAAUAAGUCCCUUUAGAACAAAAAUGGAGGGAGUUUGCUGUCUUGGAUGUUGUAUCCCUGUAUACACCCUUGUGAAUGGUAUAGUUUUGGAGUGUUUGUUUCCUGUUGUUCUUGUUGGCUCCCGUUGUAAGUUUUAUUUUUGGAUUCAUUGAACAUUGUAAUCAGUUUUGUUUCGACCCUAAUCAAAUCAUCUGUAAUUAGACAUUA